AGUUUCAAAAAGUCAUAUAACCUGAGGACACACCAACUCAUCCACAGUGGGCACAAACCACACACCUGUGACCAGUGUGGGAAAUCUUUCAAUCAUAUGUCUAAUCUAAGGACACACCAACGCACCCACAGUGGAGAAAAAGAAUACAUCUGUGAGCAGUGUGGGAAAUCUUUCAGCCAGUCACAUAGUUUAAGGACACACAAACUCAUCCACAGUGGAGAAAAACCACAUGCCUGUGAGCAGUGUGGGAGAUCUUUCAGCCAGUCACAUAGUUUAAGGACACACAAACUCAUCCACAGUGGAGAAAAACCACAUGCCUGUGAGCAGUGUGGGAGAUCUUUUAGGCAGUCAAAUAGCCUCAGGACACACCAGCUCAACCACAGAGAAGAUAAACUCUACAUCUGUGAGCAAUAUGGGAAAUCUUUCAAUCACUUAUCUGGCCUAAAGAAACAUCACUUCGUGCAUAGUGGAAAGAAACCAUACCCCUGUAACCAGUGUGGAAGAGCUUUCAGCCAGUCUUAUCAUCUAAAGACACAUCAACUCAUCCACAGAGGACACAAACUGUAUACCUGUGACAAAUGUAUGAAAUCUUUCAAUCAUUUAUCUAACCUCAGGGCACACCAACACACCCACAGUGGAGAGAAACCGUACAUCUGUGACCAGUGUGGAAGAGCUUUCAGCCAGAUAUCAACCUUGAAAAAACACCAACAUGUACACAGUAAAAAUAAAAGUUACACCUGUGAAGAAUGUCAGAGUUUCAGUCGCAGGAAUUGGUACUUAAGGCACAAACUGAUCCAUAUGGGUGACAAACCAUAAUGGUCAACUUGGUUAAGCAUAGAUGUCAUUGUCCUGUACAGACCCUGAGGCAAAUCAGGUAGAUGUUUAUCCUCAGAAUCCAUGGCAUGAAAUGGAUGAAUGUCCCAUGACUC